CCGCCCGCCUGAGGCGCGCGGGCUCGGCGCUGCUGCUGCUGCCGCCGCGGCGCGACGCAGCGGGGCUGGGCGGGGGCAGCGGCGCCCGCGCUGCCGGGGCUGGCGGCGGCGCCUCCUCCUCCCCCUCCUCCUCCCGCGUGUGACCCGCUGCCGCAUGUGAGCGGGGAGGAGGGACGGCGCCGCGCGGGCCCCAGUGUGGCGGCGGCGGCGGGAGGAGGCGCGGGAGCCGCGGCGCGACGGCCCCCUGCAGCCGCUUCGCAGGGCCCCGCCGGCGCCGCCAGCCCGCCGAUGCCCGUGUGGUGCUGCCGCUGCUCCCCGGCCGGGCAGCUCAGAAACUACAGUGGCCCUGAAACUGAAGGACAGCUUUUGAAUUCCUUUGUCCAGUAUUUUGGUGACAGCCUUGGGAGCAAGAUUAAAAGAAUGCCUUUAAUAGAAGAAACGGUUCUGCCUGGGGACCCUCUUCUCACUCUGCCUGUAGUAAUAAUAGGAAAUGGACCUUCAGGAAUUUGUCUGUCUUACCUGCUGUCUGGAUACAGGCCAUAUUUGUCUCCUGAAGCUAUGCAUCCGAACCCCAUUUUGCAUGCUAAAUUAGAAGAAGCUCGACAUCUUUCUAUUGUUGAUCAAGAUCUAGAGUACUUGUCUGAAGGCCUUGAAGGACGCUCUUCAAAUCCAGUUGCAGUGCUUUUUGAUACAUUACUUCAUCCUGAUGCUGACUUUGGAUAUGACUACCCACCGAUUUUGCACUGGAAGCUAGAACAACAUCAUUAUAUUCCCCAUAUAGUGCUUGGUAAAGGACCGCCUGGUGGGGCUUGGCAUUCUAUGGAAGGCUCUAUGUUAACAAUCAGUUUUGGAGACUGGAUGGAAUUGCCUGGACUCGCCUUUAAAGAGUGGGCAGCCAACAAGCGCAGAAAUAUAAAGAGUGACCGAGUAAUGCCAGAGGAAAUAGCUUGUUAUUAUAAACACUACGUUAAAGUCAUGGGCCUCCAAAAGAAUUUCAGAGACCAUGUUUACAUAACAUCCGUGUCCAGGCUUUAUCGAGGAACAGAUGAUGAAGAUGAAGGUCAACUAAAUGAAAAUAUUUCAACACAGCAUUUACAAAUGGGAAUGGAAGGUGGACAGAAAUCACUGAUUAAGAGAAACUGGGAAGUCAGAGGUUAUCAGAGAGCAACAGAUGGUUCUCACGUGCCAUUCUGCCUCUUUGCUGAGAAUGUGGCUCUUGCAACUGGAACCUUUGAUUCUCCUGGCCGACUGCAAGUUGAGGGAGAAGACUUUCCUUUUGUGCUUCAUUCCAUGUCUGACUUUGGAGCUGCUAUAAGCAAAGGCAAAUUACGUGGGAAAGCAGACCCUGUAUUAAUCGUGGGUGCUGGACUUACAGCAGCUGAUGCAGUACUGUGUGCCUACAACAACAACAUCCCAGUAAUCCAUGUGUUUCGUAGAAGAGUUACUGAUACAAGUCUAAUUUUCAAACAGUUACCUAAAACACUUUAUCCUGAAUACCACAAAGUCUAUCACAUGAUGUGUACUCAGUCGCAUACUGUAGAUUCUAAUCUACACUCUGCUUACACUAGUUUCCCUGAACACAAUGUACUUUCCUUCAAGCCUGAAAUGAAAUGUGUUCUUCAGAGUGCCUCUGGACUGAAGAAAAUUUUGAAGUUUUCUGUAGCCUUAGUUCUGAUAGGUUCUCACCCAAAUCUUUUCUUUCUGAAGGACCAAGGACAUGGCAUAGGGCAUCACUCAAAUCAGCCAAUCUCAUGCAAGGGGAAUCCCAUUGAGAUUGAUCCAUAUACUUAUGAGUGCACUAAAGAAGCUAACCUCUUUGCUUUAGGUCCUCUGGUUGGAGACAAUUUUGUACGAUUUUUAAAAGGAGGCGCAUUGGGCAUUACACGAUGUUUGGCAAUAAGACAAAAGAAGAAACAUGAAUUGAUUGAAAGCAGGGAUGGAGGAGGUGAUGGGGUACCAUAAAGGAGACAUUAGAAGUUGUCACGUAUGGAAUUACAGAAGUAGUCUAACAAACCGCACAACGAAAGUCAUUAGCAGUCACAUUUUUGUUGUAUACAAGUAACCUGCACUUGUAUUGCUUGGUAAAGGAUGCUGUUACUACAAUGCUUCAUCUUCUCAGAAUACAACAAUUGGUCUGCUAUUACAACUGAUCUCUGCUCAACUGGAAUAGCUUCCAGAUAAACAGAAAAUGAGACUAACUUCUGUUGACCUGCCUGUCAUCUCUUGCUCAGCUAAAAGAGCAGAAUUCCUCUGGGAAAAACAAGCCUGCCAGAGUGGCUUUACAUUUUAGUGUCAAAUUCCACAAAAUAUUCUGAAAUUCAGCUAACUUGUAAAAACAGAAAGCUCUCUUAGUAUAAAAUGAUUCUUGGUCCCAAAGCAAGUUUGGAACCUUCUGUUUGAAACAAGAAUUUUAUUUAUUUGCCAUAGUAAUACAGUAAUACUUUGAGCCCUUAGUAAAAUGGUCUUUACUAUAAGGAAGAUUUCUGUAAGCAGAGGCAGAUUGCUCAACACUUAUAUAUUAUCCUACUUGAGAACUGGAAUAAAAGAAUGAGCAUUCGCCUUUAAUGCAUGAUUGGACAAUCCGUUAAUGUUUUUUUUCACUGGUAAGCCUAGAGUUGGGUAAGUGCAGAGAGACUAUAUGUUCCCCUACAGUGACAUGUACAUUCUGAGAAUACCGAUUAACAUAAACAAUAAAGUGCUGGUGUAAGUGCUCUUA